AUGGCGUGCGCUGAAAGAAAGGAGCCGGGAUGUCGCCAGUUUCAUCCGAGUUGUAACGAAAGUCGUAGACGUGAAAACAGCGCCAUUUCUGACGGCGUCCAUGAUACGCGAUGCUACCGCAGCGGAUUCCAGAGCUGGAGCUCGGGUCGGCAGCGGGAGGAAAAUAACCGCUCCCCUUUCGCCGCUCCGCGGUACUUCAGCCGGCAGGUUGUGCUGGAGAAGUAA